AUGUUGAGUGUAUUAGUUCCAACCCCGAUAAGAUCAGCAUGUGCUUCAUCGCUUGUAUCAUGGGGACAUUCAUUUGUCUUUAAAAAUUUCCUACCAAAGAUCAAGACUGGUUGUAUUAUCGUCGAGAUCAAUGAUACCGAUUAUCCAUCCUAUUCUACCACUACCACCAAACCAAUGGUAUUUGGUGAUAUCAAUAGUCCAGAAUCAAACAAAUCAAAAAUGACCAUUACAAACUUGUACAGAUUUUUAACAAAACUUUUAUUUGGAGGUGAUAUAGGAUUCUCUGAAACUUAUAUUUUAGGCGACUUUGUAGUUGAUAAUUUAACAACUCUUAUAAAAUUAUUUAUUGAUAAUAGAAAUAAUAUGGAUCAAUUGGAUAGUAAAUGGGCAAUAUUUAAACAUGGAGCAGAUAGAAUAUUCCAUAUUCUUAAUAACAAUACUGUUGCCAAAUCCAAGGAAAACAUUAGAGCUCAUUAUGAUCUUUCCAAUGAUAUGUUUCAAUUGUUCCUUGACCCAACGAUGAGUUAUUCGUGUGCUGUCUUUGAUUCACCCGAACAAGACUUGGAAAGUGCCCAGAUGAACAAGAUCCGUAAAUUGAUUGACAAGGCUAAUCUUAAACCACACCACCAUCUCUUGGAGAUUGGGUCGGGCUGGGGUGCCUUGGCCAUCGAGGCUGUUCGUCGUACUGGAUGUCGUGUCACUACCAUCUCGUUGUCAAUCGAGCAGGUCAAUCUUGCCAAACUCAGAGUCAAGCAGGCUGGCCUAGAAGACAGAAUAGACGUCGUGUUGAUCGACUAUCGUAACGUCGCCGGCCAGUUUGACCGUAUCAUUUCAUGUGAGAUGCUCGAAGCUGUCGGACACGAACACUAUGACGAAUACUUUGCAUCGCUCGAAAAGCUUCUCAAGCCCGACGGUAUUGUCGUGUUGCAGUACAUCUCGUUUUGCGAUCAACGUUAUGAGACGUAUCGCAAGAGUUGUGACUUUAUCCAAAAAUAUAUAUUCCCAGGUGGAUUGUGUCCAUCCAACACGUCCCUCCUCGAAUCCAUGACACGUAGCUCUCAACUCAUGUUGGAGCAUCUCGAAAACUUUGGUCCCCACUAUGCCAUGACCCUCGCCCGUUGGCUCCAAACCUUUACCAACAACCGUGAAAAGAUCCUCUCGACCACUGGAUUUGACCAACAAUUUAUUCGAAUGUUUACCUAUUACUUUUGUUAUUGCGAGGCUGCCUUUGCUACCCGUACCAUCAACCUUAUUCAAAUGGUUCUAUCUCGUCCAUGUAAUUUAAAUUUACCAAUUUUCAACAAAGAUAUUAAUCAAAAUACUACUACUACUAUUGUAUCUGAUGACAGUGAUCAUGCAGAUAAUGCCAAUUCUUCACAAGUAGCUGAUCGUGCUUGUUAA